CCAUUCAUUAUCUUCAGCAGCCAAAAUGACAUAAACAUAUUUGGUUCGACAGAACAACUUAAGAUCUUUGCGGAUAACUCUGACAAUCUGAAGCUCAUGAGCAAUGAACUCAUCCCUCAGGAUGUCCGUGCUCUCUACAGCUCAUUGGUGUUUCAUCAAAAUCCAGCAUUUAGUAUUACAGAGCUUCCUGGUGCGCUCCUUUGUUUUGCCCCAGACUCUGGGUACUCUUCUGUGAAACCAGCUGAGCUGCAAGCUUUGUCAGAGAGGUUGAUAAAAGCUUGUAACAAGACUCUGGAUUCUGCGCUUGACAAUGUAAGUUCGCUUACAUCUCUGGGAACCCUGGUCCAAGGCUUGCCUUCUAACACAAUUGCGAGUGUUAGCCCAGCUGUCGCUCUCAGCGCCGCAAAUGAUCCAGCUUUUGUUCAGAACAUCAUUAGAGGACCAGAAGUUCUUCAACAGAUAUUUAUUAACAAGAUCAUUACUGUGAACAGCGAUCCCAACGUCGUGUUGCAAAACAUUCCUGAUGAUAUGGCAGGUCUAAUUCCAUUGCCUUUAUUGACUUUCUCGGGAAACACAUUUAAUCUUGAACAAAUCGAAAAGAAAAAGUGGAAAAAGGAACAGGCUUCGUUGUUUUUUCACAAAUUAGCAUCCAGUACCACCAAUUACACUGAUCUUUCCCCAUAUAUACUGCAAGGAUUCAGCUGCAGUGCCGUGCAAAGCAUUCCAAACAACAACACUGUCAACAUUGUCAAGGCUUGUAGGGGUAAAAAGGUACCCCUAGUGGAGGACCAGCUGUCCUGCAUGGCUUAUCACGUCGCUGCAAAUGCAUCACCACAGGACUUCACCAGCUAUCCUGUAGACAUGCUACUCUAUUACCCCUACAGUCAGAUUCCGUCAGCAAACUGCCGAUCAUACUUUACGGAAAUUGGUGGUGCAAACUUUUAUGUUUUCUCCGAGACAUCAAAUAGACCAACUGCCCUCACAAACUCUGCUAAAAACUGUCUGGGUAUAACAGGCACCAGUCUCAGCAGUGCAGAUUUAAAUGUGCUGAACAAUAUGGUCUGUAUCCUGAAUGGAAGCUACAUUGAAAACUCGGACAAUCUAAUCUUGGAAAAACUCAAGAAGUGUGAACAACUCACUGCUGGACAAAUUGCAUCUGUUCAAAAAGUACUUUUCAGCGGCACUACAAAAUAUGGAAACUCUUCAACUUGGACACAGAAGACACUGGCAGACCUUGAAGAAUUGCCUUUGUUCCUAACAAGCGAGUUUUGGUCCAAGUUCAAGCAGGUAGUCAAUCACUAAAUAUCAUAUAUUAGAAAGCAGAUUAAUGUCA